AUGCUCAUUUUGGCGCUGGUCUUUGCUAACAUUGUACAUUCGCUAGCAUACGGUCUUAUGUUGCUACUAUCUGCCAUUCUGCUGAGCAUUGCAAAGCAAUAUAGGUACUGUAUCAGUGAAUCGUCGUACUACUGUUCUUCACUUACCACUGUAAACUACAGUAAUGUUCUUCUUGUUCAAAUCUUCCUAUUUCUCAUGCUGGUCAUCGCUGUGAUCGUAUUCGGGCUAUUAAUCUUUUUGAAUAGAAAAAUCCGUGGGCGGAUCAGUCAUCAUGUCAGCAAAAAAUAUCAGGCUACAGAGAAUCUCCGAGCUCUUCGAGUAUUGUUCCCGCUACUUAUUUUACAUUUUAUUGGCUAUCCACUUUACUUUGUUGCUAGUAUUGUUCUUAUGUGGAUGAAAGAAAAGCUCGGUGAAAUGAUGUUCCGCAUAUUAUUGUCAGCCCUCUAUGAAAAGGUUCAAAUCAGGGUGCUAAUUCCUGAUCGUGUCGAUCAGAAGAUGCAACUUUUGGAAAUUAGUUAA